GCCUUCUCGCUCUGUCAGUCAAAUCAUUCAAGGUGCAGCUGCAAAGUCCUUUGCAACUGCUGUUGUUGCUGUGUGUUCAGUAACUAUGUCUUCAUUUGGGAAUCGGUCCGAAUGAAGACAUCUACUACCAGCUAGCAAGUUUUUGUCAUCGUUGUCUUGCUAGCUGUGUCGUUGUCGAUUUUAGCUAAGUUAUUUAGCUAGUUUAGCUAUUAUACAGGGUACAGGAGCACCACUGAAAGAGUUUUACGUCACGCUAGCUGGCGAGAUCGUGUUCUCUGUCUUGUAGGCUAGUUAUCGAGGUAGACAUCCAAGGAGUAAGAUGAUGCUUGAAUCCAUCAAAGUUACUGAGCGUUUGCACUGGCCAGAGCUGGAGCAGACUAAGAAGCACGUGUUGGCACUGGAGAAGCCCCUGAGCCCCAGCCAGCUGUGCCUGGAGCGCCUGUCGUCCGGCAUGCUCCAGGACCUCCUGACCACCGGCACCCGCAGCUUCACCGUGCUGCUGCAGAGCGAGGACGACGAGCAGCAGAGCUCCAAACACUCCCCGUACCGCUGGCCGCGGCGGGGACCACGAUGUGGCUCCGUGGCCGGGCCGGGCGCGUCGGGUACGUCAGGGCGCGGAGAGAAGUGCCACCGCGCCACCAGCACCGCCGCUGGCUCCCUGAUGCUGCUGUCUGCAGAGGGGUGCGGAGACGCGCGGCAGAGCCAGGCCAUCUUCCAGACCGGCAGUGGCGUCGGCGGCCUCAAGCCCAGCCAGAGCAUCACAGUGUCGGGGAGCACCAUGGGCCUGUCCCCGCGUCCUGCCAUCCAGACCCGCAAGAGCUGCUCCCCGCGCGCCACCACCAAGCUGCCCCUGCUGGCCAAGAAUGGCAGUGCACGUGACGGGGAGAACUCCAUCAAGAAGCUGUGCAUCCUGACCGCCAUCAAGCCCGCCAACGUGGAGAAGGAGAAGCUCAAGUUCUUCAAGUCCAACUACAGCUACAACCCACAGUUUGAGUACAGCAACCCCGUGUCCUCUCAGGUGAUCGCCAAACACAACAACGCCUCUGACCGCUUCCUCACACAGGCGGUGCGGAUCAUGGAGCUGGCCUUGCUGAAGUACGGCAACUAUGAGAAGUUUGAGCAGGCCACAGGGGGCAGUCUACUGACCAAGAGCCGCAUCUGGUACCAGGUCAAGAAGUACAUGGAGAAGGAGGGAUGUCUUGGGGAGAUCGUGGUGCACCUGACAGAUGACCUGCUCUCCAGGGCGUCCAUGACAGUGGUCAACAGCAGACCCACCCUGACCAUCAACAUGUCCACCGCACGAGAACACUGGCUGGAGGGCAUGCUACGGCACGAGAUAGGCACACACUACUUCCGGGGUAUCAACAACAGCCAGCAGCCGUGGGGCAGCAGCAGUGGCCGCAAGAAGCACAACCUACGACCUCUGAACCCUACGGAGGAGGGCCUGGCCAGCAUACACAGUGUGCUGUUCCGGAAAGAUCCGACGCUGUGGCGUGCUGCGCUGCUCUACUACACUGUCCACCAGGCCAGCCGCAUGUCCUUCGCCCAGCUCUUCCAGGACCUUGGCCGCUUCGUGCAGGACCCCAACACGCGCUGGGACUACUGCGUGCGCGCCAAGAGGGGGCAGACCGACACUUCACAGCCAGGAUGCUUCAGUAAGGACCAGGUGUACCUGGACGGAAUCCUGAAGAUCCUCAGGCAUCGGGAGAAAAUUGACUUUCCUCUGCUGAUGGCACUGGGCAAGGUGUCGUUCGAGGACGUGGAGAGGUUGCGAGGCCAGGCGGUGAUGGAGCACGUGCGGAUCCCCCACUUCCUGCAGGACCAGGCGCGCUACAGCGAGCAGCUCCUCAAGAUCAUGGAGGUCAACCAGCUGACCGACGAUGAGCUCCGGUGCCUCAUCUGAGCGCGCUCACCAACGGCCCACGCUGCAGCCCACACCAGGGACGGAUCUGGACUGGACCAAAUCACCUUUCUUUCUUUAUAAAUCUCUGUUUCACUCUCUAUGUCUCUCCAUGUACCCACCCCCCCCCCCCCCCUCUCUCACUCUCUCUCUCUCUCGCACCUUAUAAGCUAAGUGUACUUUCCUCUGGUUCUUCUGAUCACCCUUUUCUAACGAAUUAUAACUAAUGUUACCAUUUUUAAUGUUGCUUUUUUCUGUGGUCUUCAUUCAGGGAAUCAGUCACCAGAUACAGUCGGUAUAUGUACAUAUGUCUGUGUGUACCGGUAUAUAAUAUAUGUGUGCAUGUGUAUGUGUGAGAGUGUGUGUGUGUCUCAACAACUUGUCCAAUGCCUUUAGAUACUGAGGCAGGGAUCUACUGUUAGACUACUCCAGUGUGUUAUGUGUAACAUGCGUUCAGCCCUCUGAAGGUAGAGCUACUUAAGUCCAGCAGUGCACACAAGACUGCACACAUUACACUACUCAUUAACACUCCAGAGUGUUGAAGUUUUUACUCAGUAACACUAGUGUUGAAGUCACUACUCAGUAACAGGGAAUCAUCAC